AUGAUCAACCCUACCUACCUUGCCCAAAGGACGCGCUCGUUCAUCAAGUCCUACCGCGAGUGGGUUCGCGCCGUACGAUACCCUCUACAGGAAUUCUCGCCGCCGAAACACCCUCUGACCCCUCUCAGNGCUCCCGAGAUCCAACAGAUGUACUCGCUCAACAUGCCCGUCUCGGCCAUCCGCACAAAGAUGAGACAGGAGUUCGAAAGACACCGUUACGUCCAGCAAUUGAAGACCGUCGACGUCCUUCUUUUCAACUCUCACCAGGAAUAUCAGGUGCACUAUCACCGACUGGCUCGAACAAGCUCAACGUUGACCAAUCUCUACNNACAGGAAACCCUCAACUUCUGGAAGCAACUCACCCACGUCCUCAAGUACUUCCGCGCCGAGGAGGACCCAAAGUCUGCACUGCCCAAGAACUUCAUCCAAGGUUUCCUCGAGGUACGAAUUACCGUGCCACAAAAUAUCAUGUGA